GGAAAGCUUCUCCCCGGAACCCUUGUACACGCGCUUCCCCGUGCCCGGGCGUGAUUGGACGCUGCGCCGCGGGGGAGGCGGGGCCAGUUGCCUAGACGACGUCUGCGAAGAUGGCUGCUGCGUCUUCACCUGAUUCCGACAGCGGCCUAGCUGAGAGCAAUGAGGCCAAUUCGAAAUGGCUGGACGCGCACUACGACCCCAUGGCCAACAUCCAUACCUUUUCCGCCUGCCUGGCCCUGGCAGAUUUGCACGGGGACGGAGAGUACAAGCUGGUGGUGGGAGAUCUUGGCCCUGCUGGGAAGCAUCCCCGUCUGAAGGUGCUCAAAGGACCAACAGUGCUGGCAGAAAACCCAUUGCCUGCUCUGCCAGCUGCUGCUGCUGCCUUCCUCAUGGAGGAACAACACGAGACCCGGACUCCAGCUCUGGCACUUGCUUCAGGCCCUUGUGUCUACAUAUAUAAGAAUCUUAGGCCCUACUUCAAGUUCAGUCUUCCCCCUUUAUCUUUAAACCCUCUGGAACAAGACCUUUGGAACCAAGCUAAGGAGGACCGGAUAGACCCCUUGACCCUAAAAGAGAUGCUGGAGGGCAUCCGGGAGAAGGCAGAGGUGCCUUUGUCUGUACAGUCACUCAGGUUUCUGCAUCUAGAGCUGAGUGAAAUGGAGGCAUUUGUGAACCAACACAAGUCCAAGACCAUCAAGCGGCAGACAGUCAUCACCACCAUGAUCACCUUGAAGAAAAACCUGGCUGAUGAGGAUGCCGUGUCAUGCCUGGUGCUGGGCACUGAGAACAAAGAGAUCCUAGUACUGGACCCUGAAGCCUUCACCAUUUUGGCCAAGAUGAACCUUCCCAGCGUCCCAGUCUUCCUGGAGGUUUCUGGCCAGUUUGACGUAGAGUUCCGGCUUGCAGCUGCCUGUCGAAAUGGGAACAUCUAUAUCCUGAGAAGAGACUCCAAGCGCCCCAAGUACUGCAUUGAGCUGAGUUCCCAGCCUGUGGGGCUUGUCCGGGUACACAAGAUCCUGGUGGUGGGCAGCACCCAAGAUAGUCUGCACGGCUUUACUCACAAGGGUAAGAAAUUGUGGACUGUGCAGAUGCCUGCCGCCAUCCUGACCAUGAACCUCCUAGAGCAGCGUUCCCGGGGUCUGCAGGCUGUCAUGGCAGGGCUGGCCAAUGGAGAGGUCCGUAUUUACCGUGACAAGGCUCUGCUCAACAUCAUCCGCACCCCGGAUGCAGUGACCAGCCUUUGUUUUGGCCGCUAUGGGCGGGAGGACAACACCCUUGUCAUGACUACUCGAGGUGGUGGCCUGAUAAUUAAGAUCCUGAAGCGCACAGCAGUGUUUGUGGAGAGCACAGGCGAGGUGGGUCCCCCACCAGCCCAAGCCACAAAACUUAAUGUGCCCCGAAAGACUCGGCUCUACGUGGAUCAGACACUGAGAGAACGGGAGGCUGGCACUGCCAUGCACCGGAGCUUCCAGACAGACCUCUACCUGCUGCGCCUCCGGGCAGCCCGCGCCUACGUGCAGGCCCUUGAGUCCAGCCUGAGCCCCGUGUCGGCCACAGCCUGGGAACCGCUCAAGCUGCAUGCUGUGGUCCAGGGCCUGGGGCCCACCUUCAAGCUCACGCUUCAUCUGCAGAACACCUCAACAGUCCGCCCUGUGACAGGGCUGCUGAUCUGCUUCCUGUACAACGAGGCACUCUAUGCCCUGCCUCGGGCCUUCUUCAAGGUCCCCUUGCUGGUGCCAGGGCUCAGCUACCCUCUGGAGACCUUUGUGGAGAGUCUCAGUAACAAGGGCAUCUCAGACAUCAUCAAGGUACUGGUGCUCCGGGAAGGCCAGAGUGCACCCCUGCUGAGUGCCUACAUCAACAUGCCUGUGAGUGAGGGGCUGGAAGCCGCCUGAGCCCUGGGCCAGUGUUCAGGCCCCUGCCAAAUGGAGUCAGCAAGAUCCAUCAGCCACUUUCACUGAGCUGGGUGGGUUGGGCCACUCCCCAUGCAGCAGUGUGCUGGGGCGCCAGCUUCCCACUCCUCUCCUGAGCAUCCCCUGCUCACCACUCCUGCCAUGGGGCUAUAGCACCAGCUAGUGAGUAUAAGAAGGCCUGGCUCCUUUCUCAGAACAUGCCCUGGUAUUGUUCCAGAGGCAGCUUCUGCUGCCCACUGCCUCCCAGUACUUCCCAGAAACCUCACCCAGUCCCAAGGAAGAGUUCUGAGCUGUCGAGAUGAAAAGAGGACACUGACUCUUUUUCUUUUCCACUUCCCUCUGGCACCCCACUCACCUCCUGCUGCAGGCCAAGGCCAGAAUUGGAUGAGAGCCUGGCCUGAUAAGUCAGAGGCUUUUCUUGGGUGAGACUGAGCCCCCUGUCAGCCUGGGGUUCCACUUUCUGUUCAGCAACCCACCGAAGGAAUGCCAUCUCCCCAUAGGGCACCUUUACAAAGGCUUGGACCCUGCCACCACCUCAGGGCUCCAAGGCCCCACCAGCAGGUUGCCAGAGGAAGAAGUGGCGCAGGAGGGCAGAGGGUGCCCAUGUGCACUCCCAGAGACCACACACCAUCUGCUCCUGACCUGGAUGCUCAUGUUCAAAAAGAGCAUCUGUGGAAAGAAAAGUGGAAUUAGGUAGAGCAGAGGCAGGCAGCACCAGAAGAGGCAUUUCUGGGAUUAGGGGAAGGGCUGGGGAGACAGAAGCCCUAAAGUGCCCAUCAGACUGCCCUUCUGUGCCUGGGAGUCCAGAUCAGCCCUGAGGGUGGAAAGUUCACUGGGCAGCAGCCAGAGCAAGAGAAUUGGCUGGCACAGAGGUGAGACUGGAGUUUAAGCAAAGGCUCAGUUUAGACCUAAAUGCUCAAAACCCUCAAGCCCCUCAUGCCUGCUGAGUCCCUGGGAAGUCUCGCCAGUGCUCCUCACAGGUCACAGGAGUCACCUGGGAGCCAGCAGCCUUGCUCUUGGGAACCUACAUCUUUCCCCAUCUGACCAGGUGUGGCCUGAUGUGUGGCACACGGCUCAGGCUUGCAGGAAGUAACGAGAUUCCUCUGUGUUUCCGGUCUCCCCUCAUGUAAAAUGAGGCAGUUUCUGAACUGUUUUUAGCUCUGACACUCCAUGGGCUUUGCACCCCCUCUGGCAGAAAGGAGAAGUUGGCCCAGAAAAGUGAUACUGGACAGGAACAACUGCACAGCUUUUGCCCUCAAGACCAAGGUCUCUACCAGGCAUGGUGGCCCACACCUGUAAUCCCAGCAACUUGGGAGGCUGAGGCAGGAAGAUCACAAGUUCAAGGCCAGCCUUAGCAACUUGGUGAGACUUUGUCUCAAAAUGAUAAAGGGCUGGGGAUGUGACACAGUUUAUGCACCCUGGGUUCAAUCCCUAGUACCCCCCCCCCCCCCCCAAAAAAAAAAAAAAAAGAGAAGACCAAGGGCUUCAAACUGGUUGCCACUGUCUGCCUCUCUGCCCAAGACACAGGGUGGACCCCAGCCCUUCCAAGGAAUGCAUCUGGAGCCAGGUUAAGAGGCCACCGGUUUGGGCCAAAGAAAGAGCCUUCCCCCUUCUCCCCACUGCCCAGCAGACCACCUGGGUCAGGAUGGUGAAGGGUUUCUACAUCAAGCCAGCCCAGGCACAGUGGAAAUAGCAGAGGUAAAGAAAUGAAAAGAUAUGGAACGGAGGGUGUCACUGUCACUCUAGUCUCAACCUGCAGAACCUGGAGAUGGAAGGGCCUGUCCAAGGGGGUAAUGAGCCCAUCAUUGGAGUUGUGUGCACAGGGUGUGGGCUGUCAUGGGGCAAAGUAAUGUAUUAGCCAGAAGACCGUAUAGUCCCUUUUACCCAGGUCAUACUGUGAACUGCACUACGAACUAUGUGAACUCAAAACAAAAACAUCUGAUCUGGUUUUUUUUUCAUAUCUGUUCAUUAUGAUGAAAGGAAAGACCUAUGUUUGGCACCUGAUGUGAGUUUUAUAAUACUAUCCUAUUAAAUAUGUGGGGAGCUGGGGAUGUGGCUCAGUGGUAGAGCACUUGCCUCGAUUCUCAGCAUGGCAUAUAAAUAAAUAAAGGUUUAAAAAAGA